AUGGAGCCGAAUGCUCUUCUGCAGGCGGCCCUUGCGUGGCAUCGCGAGUUCGAGGACCGUCCACCAGAAGCGCAUCUCUGUUGCCCUAAGAUCGACGAAGAAGAUUUCGCAAACUACGACGAGCCCAAUGUUCCCGAUGAAGGCGGACUCUCAGCCGACGAGAAGCAAGGUCGGAUCAAAGAAUACGAGAGCAGGUUUCAGAAUGCCUAUGAUCUGAGCAUUCUGAUGGGCCUCGGCAGGGAGGUUGCGGGCGAAUGGCUAGACAAUUGGACUCGGGCUGUCGAUGCCUGUCUCACGAGGUGCGACUCGUGCGUGAGGAACUGGCACCGAAACCGCAAGCCAUACCUCAGCGGCCUGCAUCUCGCACCAGAGAUGAUUGAUUACAUGCGAAUCAAGCUCGGCGAGUUCGACCAACAGCGCAUAGACAAGGGCCUCCAGAGCGCGAGAGCAAUCCUCGAGACGAAAGGCCCCAUGACGACGGCCAAGCUAGUCGAGCACGAUAUGUCAGCUGUUAUAGCCCUUUUUGAGGCCCUUUGCAGUACCGAAUAUCUCGGCGGCCCUGGGGAUAAAGACGACUUCACCUACGUCUUCGAGAACACACAGCAAAAACGACCCUUGCGGAUGCAAGGAGGUCUCAUCCCCACCAUGACUCACUUCCUCUUCGACGAGCCCUCCACCCCUUACAAACAAAAGUUUGCCGAGUGCGCUUGGGAGAAACGGGCGCCCGGGUCUCUCACGGACCAGGAAUGGGACUGGGCCAUCUGCCCCCAUUUGAGCACCGCGAUUCUGCGGGUGUCUCUCUCCAGAGGAAUGCCGACGCCGGACAAAAUUUGCCGGUUUUGGCACGGUUUCUCACUCAUCCUUCGGUCCUUGAGCGAGAAACAAAUCAUCAACUCUCUUAGGGCGAUGGAGGUGUCACCGAGUGUCUACUUUCUCGCCUUGGAACACCUGGCCACCGAUUCCGACGAAGCCCUGGCUGUGGUCCUGAAAGGCCUUCGAGGGCUUAUGGAGAAGUCAUCGAGCGCGUUCUGGGCUGCGUUUGACCAAGUCACCCCCAGCCAACUCGUCGAGGAGGUCUUCAAGAGCCCGGCAUUCCGCCGCUUUUUGAACAAGUCCCUGGUGCCGGAUAUGAUGGUUACGGAAGGGGACAGUCAAGUACCGGCUCUGGCGGCUUGGAUGGGGGCAUUUAUACGGUCGUUGCCCUCGAUCCAGCGAUCUGACGUGUGCGAAUCACUGCUACGGCAUCUCUUUGACACCUUCCGUCGGGAUCCGGCAGCAGACCGAGCCGCCCAAGCGACCUGCACCCUUGCGGGCUUGGUUACGCUCAGGGAGUCGCUUGAUGGGUAUCUUCAUCAGGAAGUUCCAUUCGAUACGGGCACUGCGCUCAUCAUGGUGAAUCAGUUGCUCAACCGCGUCAUUCAGUACAGCGAUGUAAUUAUCACCGCGGCUGGCCUCAAACCCGGAGAUACGUUCAACGUGGGAAUCUCUCAGGCGGCAAUGGGCAUCAUCCACUCAGCACUAGCACUGGAUGCCAGGGCGACGGAGAUCGAGUGGAAAGCUUUGAUCGACGGCGUUCCGGUACAAGAUGCUGUGAACCGGGACUCUGGCGCACUGUGGGAAUCCUUCCUCGAGAUGCUUUGGUAUGGGCAGCUCGGGCAUGCCGAGCUAGCGAAAGCCAUGCUGAUGGCUACGCUGCGUCUUCGAAGCAUUGAGCGGUUCAUCCCCAAGCGAAAAGAGCAACUGAAACGGGAGCACCAAAAGUUCAAUACGAGGUACCAACAGCAGACAACAGCAAUAGGGAGGAUGCUCGGCCGGCUUUCCGAUUUUAAGCAAGAGGACCUCGUCAAGUUUUGCUCUGAGCGCCAGAGUCCGACCAUUCAUCCCAUCGUUUCGUCAUUAAUCCAUGGCGAAGAUGCUAUUCGGGACGCUGGCUUCGAGCUGCUCAAGGCUAUCACAAGCGAGAGCCUGCCCUCUGAGGCAGUGGGCAAGAUGUUGGAGGACUAUUUCACCCCCUUCCUGAAUGCCUUCUCGGAAGCAGUACACAACGUGACUGCGAAAAAUGGUGCUAGCAGCCCUUGGAGCCACAUGCUCCCCAUCCUAAAGUGUAGCGAGUUCGUUCUAAACGGCCUUUGCGAUCCUUCCUCGGGCCAACUGAGGCGUAAAACCCUCACCGCAGAGGAGCACGCCGCUGUCAAGCGGUGGUGGGAAUGUGUGUGGCAGGUCGUUGACCACUCAUUUACGAUGAUGAGGAUAUGGCACGAAAAGGUUGACAAGAAGAUCAUGGAGGACUUCUGCCGAGACGUCAUGGAGUUGGGCAACAAGUUGUUUGCCCAAGACGGUGUCAUGGCCUCUGCUCUGAGCCAACAUAGCGGCGACGAUGGCGGGCAGACUAACGGGGAUACGACGAUGAAGGCUCUGAAAGCUGUCCUGGAACCGCCGAGGAAAUAUUCUUUCUCUCUCGCCGACAUGUUGCAGCUGAGAGACAAGUACCUUAUCGCGGGCAUCAUCGAGAUGAUCAAGAAGCUGCUCGCAAGGCUAAAACAGAACGACAUGGUGUUACCUAACAAGGCUAUUGUGCACCUCCACAACAUGCUCCGGCGGAGGAAGCUCGCCAGUGGAAGACUGGACUACGUUCAGAAGACCAACCUGACGGACGAGCAGCGGAUUGAGCUGCUCAAGGCCCUCGGGGAGGAUGCCGUGAUCGAAGAACAGUUCAUGGGCCCCAAACCCGGGGAGAGGGAGGCGAAGGAGAAAGAGCGUGCCAUGAAGCAGAGCAAGAUUGACUUCUCCAAGAGCGCCCCCGGUACUUCCAAGGAUCGUUUUGCCGAAAUCACCCCCAACUUCGAGAAACGCGGGUCCGCGCUACUCGCAAAAUUGAAGGAAGAGGGCCCAAAGCCCAAGCAGCCAACCAAGCUGAAUCCAAAGGCCGUCCUCGCCAAUCAAUCAUCAAUCAAAGAAGCCAGGGCCCGGGAAAAGGCUGAAAAGGCUAGGAGAGAUGCCGAGGCCAUUGCCAAAGCGAAAGCCUUACGAGCCCCGCCCAAGACCGUCCCUGGAGAAGGCUCUGGUCUCCAAGGCAUCGCCGGUGUCCGGGGCAAGGAUCAUGCGCCGGUCGUCAAGGAUGAGAUCAUGGUUGGCUCGUCUUCGGAGGAAGAAGACGACUCUGAAGACGAGCGGAUAGCGCUGAAAGCGAAGGCGGGGAACAAGAACCUCACUGAUGCUGAGCGCCGUCGGCUACUCAUGCUGGCCGAAAAGCGGGGCCCCGUGAAGAAGGUCAAGCUCCAGCGGUCAGCGAAGGACAUGCGAGCGCGCUUGAUCCCCCCUAUGGAUGUCCUCCAUCAGGCAAUUCUAGAGUGGGACAUUUUCCACGAGGGUAAUGACCCGCCCAACGGCUACCGGUGCGAUCGCGUUUCGGACGACUAUACAGAUCCCCACAGCUAUAAGCAGACCUUCUUCCCCCUGCUUAUCAACGAGGCCUGGCGAUCGUUUGUUACUUCCAAGGACGAGGCUACGUCCAAGCCUUUUGGUAUCAAGGUUCUCAACCGUAUGACAGUCGAUAAGUUCAUGGAAGUCACUGCCUCAGUGCCCGCUCAAAUCAGCAAGGACCGGGGCCUGUCCGAGGGAGACAUCGUCCUGGUCUCAAGGGGGGAAGAUCCGCUUAACCAGCCGACGGAGCUGCAUUGUCUCUCUCGUAUCUGGAAAACCACUUACAAAAAAGACACCGUCGAGGUCGUCUACCGCCUUAACGCCAGAGGAAACCAGAUUCUGCCGGCGCUUCUCCCCGGCUCCGAGUUCCAUGUCGUCAAAAUCACCAACAUGACGACGAUUGAACGCGAGUAUGCGGCGUUGGAAAGUUUGCAGUACUAUGAUUUGAUGGACGAGGUGUUGAAGGCACAGCCGUCCCCGAUGCUCACGUUUGGCAAUGAGGCGGUCAAAGGGGUCAUGGAGAAUUACCAACUCAACCCCGGCCAAGCGCGUGCUAUCCUGAAUGCUAAGGAGAACGAUGGCUUCACCUUGGUUCAAGGCCCGCCGGGAACCGGCAAAACCAAGACCAUUAUCGCCAUGGUUGGUUGCCUCCUGACGGGAGUUCUCAAGUCGUCCAGCGGCGCAGUCCCUCUCGCGAGACCCGGUGCCGCCUCCACUAGCCAGGGCCAGGCGCCUUCAAAAAAGCUGUUGGUCUGCGCGCCCAGCAACGCGGCUGUGGACGAACUGGUGCUGCGGCUGAAGGCUGGUGUCAAGACAAUGAAUGGGGCGUCCCACAAAGUCGAAGUUGUGCGUUUGGGUCGUACCGACGCGAUCAACGCCGCCGUCAAAGAUGUCACGCUUGAUGAGUUGGUCAAAGCCCGGAUGGAUGGCGGAGUCAACAAUAGCGGUCCGAGUGAUCGCGAAAAGCUACAUCAAGAAGCCGGCAUGCUCAAGGAGAAGAUUACAGAGCUGCGACCCCAGCUUGAGGCGGCUCGGGCGAGUGAUGACCGCACGUUCACUAUGAAGUUGCAACGCGAGUUUGAUGACCUGAAGCGCCGACAGGCUCAUAUUGGCGCCAAGAUCGAUGCCAACAAGAGCAACGGAAACACGUUUGCGCGUGAGGUCGAGAUCAAGCGUCGGCAGAUCCAGCAAGACAUCCUCGACAAGGCCCAAGUUCUCUGCGCCACAUUGAGCGGUAGCGGUCAUGAGAUGUUCAAAAACCUCAACGUCGAGUUUGAAACGGUCAUCAUCGACGAGGCCGCGCAGUGCGUGGAGCUGAGCGCGCUCAUCCCCCUCAAGUAUGGCUGUUCCAAGUGCAUUCUCGUCGGAGAUCCCAAGCAGCUGCCCCCUACAGUGCUCUCGCAAUCCGCUGCGCGGUACGGGUACGACCAGAGUUUGUUUGUGCGGAUGCAGAAGAACCAUGCUAAGGACGUUCACCUGCUCGACAUGCAAUACCGUAUGCACCCGGAGAUCAGUAAGUUCCCUAGCAAGGAAUUUUACGAGGGCUUGCUCCAAGACGGUGCCGACAUGGGACAGCUCCGCCUCCAACCCUGGCAUCAGAGCGAACUUCUCGGUCCCUAUCGGUUUUUCGACGUCAAGGGUUCCCAGUCACGGGGGCCGAGAAACCAGUCGCUGGUCAACGACGAAGAGCUCAAGGUCGCCAUGCAGCUCUACCGCCGGUUCCGCACUGACUACGGCAAUGUGGAGCUGAAGGGCAAGAUCGGCAUCAUCACUCCGUACAAGGCUCAGCUGUUUCGGCUGCGACAACGGUUCGCCGAGAAGUAUGGCGACGGGAUCACCGAGGAGAUCGAGUUCAAUACCACGGACGCUUUCCAGGGCCGCGAGUGCGAGAUCAUCAUUUUCUCGUGUGUUCGAGCUAGCCCGACGGGCGGUAUCGGUUUCAUGACAGAUAUCCGGCGUAUGAACGUUGGUCUAACCCGCGCUAGGUCAUCGCUAUGGAUCUUGGGUGAUUCUCGCGCGCUAGUGCAGGGCGAGUUCUGGGGCAAACUCAUUGAGGACGCGAAGGAGCGCGAUCGCUACACAAGCGGUAAUGUCAUGGCCCUGCUCAACCAACCAGGCCGGCAAGUACCCAUGUCGUCGCUCGUUGCGUCGUCCUCGGAGCUAUCUCGACCCCUUGGCGCCAUGGAGCUGAAGAACGAUGUCGUCAUGACCGAUGCGCCUGGGCCUCCCCAGCAGUGGCCUUCAAGGAGCAACACAGAGGCGCAUAAUCAGAAUGUAGCCCCGGCUACUCCAACGCUCCCAUACCAUGGUUCAGGGAUUGGCGGCCUCAAUGGAAGAGGAGAAACUACAUCGAUGCUACCGAGGGGUGGAAGUGCGCCCGUCAUACAGUCCACUGCUGGGUCUGCCGGGAAGAAGCGGCCGCGGGACGAGAACGAGGACGGCCAUCCCGGCACAAAGAAGCUCCCUCAGACGCAUCCCAGCUCGGACCGAGGCCCCGUGAAGGCCCCAACGGGUCCUGGUAAGCACAAACAACCGAAGCCGCCCACGGAUCCUUCAGCGAUGGAAGUGUUGGGUUUAGUUCCUCCGUCGCGUGCGCCCGCCCAACAAUCCCAACCGGCUCAACCGCACAUCAGGCCGCCUGGUGGAACGAGACCUAAUGCACCCCCCAAUGCGCCAAAGGGGCCGGUGACAAUGCCCAAGAAACCGACCGCGGAUCCGUUCAUUAGACGGAAGCCCGGGAAACGUUGA